AUGUACAGACACCCCAGAAGUGGCCUGGCCCCCUUCAGCUUCAAGCCGCUUCAAAAGGCCCCAGGCCGCCGGGGGGCCCCCACCACCCGGGGGCCCCCCAGCCGGGGUUGGUUGGUGUUCGGCACCUCAGGCUGCGCCCCACCACCUCAGCGCCUGCUGCUGCUGCUGCUACCUCUAUUCGUUUGCUGCUGGUGCUGCCUCUGUUUAUUUGCUGCUGCUGCUGUUUCUUCGCUCAUUUGCGUUUCCUCUCUAUCCUUUCCUCUGGCUCGGAAACUCCCUUCCCUCUUAGAAGCUGCUGUUCCUUUAGUGUCUUUUCCCAGCUUUGCUGCAGCCCAUGAGGGCCUGGGGCGGGCAAUUGUGUGUCUCCUGCUGCUUGCUGCUGUUUGCUGCUAUCUGCUGCUGCUUGCUGCUGCUGCAGAGAUGGGCCCGCGAAGCAGCAGCAGCGAUACAGCAACCACGGGGGCGACCGCCAUUCGUCCCGUAAGUUUUCUGCCAAGUGCCUGUAUAUCUACCAAUUGCAGCAGCAGCUGCAGCAGCAGCUGCAGCAGCAGUAGCAAGAGCAGCAGAAGCUGCAGCAGAAGCAGCAGUAGCUGGGAGCGCGCGCAGCUAGAGUCAAAUGCCUUAGUGCUGCCUUUGCUGCUGCCUCGGGUGUUGCUUUGCUGCUUCACAGCAGCAGCAGCAGCAGAAGCUGCUGCUGCAGCAGCAGCAGCAGCACUAGCGUGUUCGACUGUGGCUGAAACAUGCAGCGAGGCCCCAGUACCCAGGCCGUCGCUACGAGGCGCCUGCGCAGCUUCGUUGGGGCCUUUCAACUCGCAGCUCAAGGACAAGUGGCAGAACCUUUUGCUGCACGGCCACGUCGUGCGGCAGCAGCCGGACGGGCCCUGGGUAUUCACCGGGCCCUGA